AUGGACGUAGCACAAAAGAAAAAAUCAAUGGACGUAGCCAUGCUUUCCCAUUCCAUCUCCAACAUCCUACAAUGGAUGAACUCCCUAAAACCCCUUGCAAAUAAGCUAUCAAGAAUUGACAUCAAGCAGCUUGAAAAAGAUAUUAAGCAGAUCAAUGACAAAGUCCAAACACACCACUCCGACAGCCUUCUUUUUCCUCAACCUUGGCUUCAAAAGGUUAAAGAAGUACUCAUCGAUUUGAAUGAUUUGAUGGAGGAUCUCCGACAAAAGGAGAGUACAAGUGUUGGCUUAAAAGUAAAGGAUCGUUUCAAAGCCACGCUCCAAGUGAAGAAAGCCACAGACGAACUCAAACGCUUGCUGAAUGAGGAAGCCACAGACGAACUCAAACGCUUGCUGAACGAGGAAGAUGCAAAGGGAGCAGCAGCAGCAGCAGUUGAUACAGAUGAUAGAAGAAAGUUUGCAUACGAUGACUUUGUAGCUGUUGGAAGAGAAAAUGAGAAGAAAGAAAUUAUAGAUCAACUGCUGAACCUGAAGAGCGCCGAUACGGAUGCUGCUGUUCCUGUUUUUAUUGCUAUUGUUGGUGUUACUGGAAUUGGGAAAACAAAACUUGCUCAUCUCGUUUGUGAGGACGAGCAAGUCAAAGCGAAUUUUGAAUUCGAACAAAUUUCGAUGAAUGGUCUCAUGGGCGAAACCUUGGAUGUUGAAUCCUCACAUCAGAUACCUCACCAUGAGAUACCUACCUGCACCAUGACGACCACCACCAAUGGCAAACCCCGCUUACUUAUUAUAGAUGAUUUGAGAAUUGCGAUUAAUAAGCAUGAUGACCUCGAGAAGUUACAGAAGAAAUUGAUGGAGGUUGCUGGUGGCCGUACCAAUACCGUGAUACUCAUUACCACAUGUAGCAACCAUGUCGCCAACAAUAUUGGUGCUACAUAUGUUUUGAAGUUGCAGGGGCUUAAUCAAAAGGAAUCUUGGUCAUUGUUUCAGCAGAUUUAUGGACCAAUUACUUCAACCAAAAAAGCACAAAGCACCAUCGAACCCGAAUCCAAACCCAAACCUGAGCAGAGCUUGGAGAUCAUGAGGGACUGUGGUGGGGUCCCCCUUUUGAUAGUGAUCGUUGCAAAGGUGAUGACGAAGCAUAGUGGUGUUGGUGGUGAAGAAUGGAUUCGGGAAGCACUAGAAAAGGUGAAGCUUAUCUAUUACGACGAUCUUCCCACUUAUCAGAAAUUAUGCUUUGCAUAUUGUUCAUUGUUUCCAGAAGAUUAUUUGAUUGAUGCAGAGAGAUUGAUUCAACUCUGGACUGGUGAAGGGUUUCUUAUCAAUCCAGAACAACAAUUUGGUCAUGCUUGUUUCGAAGACUUUGUUCCUUUGGUUUUCCAUCAAGCGGAAGAAGAAAGUGACCACCAGAAGUACUGCGGUGUUGUGAGGAACAACAUGAACAACUACUUAUAUAGAAUGAAUCGGUUAAUGCAUAAACUCGCAAGACAAGAAAUUGCUGGUGACGAAAACAUCACCGUGGAUGUGAUGGGGGAGAGAGUUCGUGGCGGGACGCUGCGAGUUUCGUUCAAUUUUGCUUUAGAUCUUUCAUGUGAGAUCCCUGAUUCGGUGUUUCAGACAGCAAAGAAACUAAGGACCAUUCUUUUGCCAUACAACAUUAACAACCCUCGUCUUCCGCACGAGGUAAAGAUGACAACGUCAACUUGUGAUAAGAUCUUCGACACCUUCAAGUACUCGCUACGCGUGUUGGAUCUACAUGACUUGGGGAUCAAGACAGUUCCAAGCUCUAUUGAGGAUGUGAAGUACUUGAGGUAUCUAGAUCUUUCACAUAACAACAUGGAGAAGCUUCCUAGUUGCAUAACAAAUCUUAUCCACUUGCAAACGUUGAAACUGUCUCGAUGUCAUGUCCUCAAAGAAUUGCCAAAAGACAUGGAUGAUUUGAGUUGCCUUAACCAUCUUGACUUAGAUGGAUGCUUGGAUCUAACUCAAAUGCCAAGUGGAAUAAGUAAGCUCACUUCUUUGCAAACAUUGUCACUUUUCGUAGCCAGCAAGAAACAAGUCACGGGAGGACUAAGAUCACUCACAGAUCUUAACAAUCUGAGGGGCCACUUGGAAAUUAUGCAUCUGGAACAAAUCAAGUUCUCUCCAUCAAAAGAAGCUGCUAAAGAUGAUUUUUUGAAAAAUAAACAACACCUUGAGUUCUUGACUCUAAGAUGGGAUCACGAUGAGGAGGACGAAGAAAGCAAUGUCGAGAAAGACAAGAAAUCGCUUGAUUGUCUCCAGCCACAUCCAAAUCUGCAAGUGCUAUUAGUUGUCGGGUACAACGGUCACACAUUGUCUAACUGGCUCGCUUCACUUCAAUGCCUUGUUAAGUUUACCUUGAAUGACUGUCCCAAAUGCGAAUUUCUCCCACCAAUGGAUGAGCUUCCACAUCUCAAGGUUCUCCAACUUCGGAGAUUGGACUCUUUGAAAUUUAUUGCAAAGAACAAUCAAGCUGAUACACCUAUAUUCUUUCCAUCCUUGAAGGAACUAACAAUCUCAGAUUGUCUUAAACUAAAAGGUUGGUGGGAAAAUGACAUAUGGGACAAUGAUAGACCAUCUUUCAGUUGCAUUUCAAAGCUAAAUAUCCAAUACUGUCCUCAAUUAGCUUGCAUGCUGCUCUAUCCCGGUCUUGAUGAUGAGCUCGUUCUGGUGGAGUCGAACGUAAGAUCAAUGAGGGAUACAAUGCAUUAUGCUGACAGUACUGAAAGCACUGAAACAUCUAGUUCACAAUCACAACCCUUCUCGAAAUUGAAGUCCAUGGUAAUUGAGCGCAUUGACCAAUCUCCACCAGAGAGUUGGCUUAAAAACUUCAUUUCACUUGAGGAACUUCACAUUAGAGAUUGUUUUAUUUUGGAGUCUCUACCACAAGGUUUCAAGUUUUUAAGCUCACUCAUAUCACUUUCUAUUGAAAGAUGUGAACAACUUGUUCUGGACAUUGACAAAUCCGCCGGAACUGAAUGGGAUGGUCUGACUGAAUGGGAGGGUCUGAAAAACCUUCAAUCUCUUACAUUAAGGAGUAUUCCAAAACUGAAGUCCCUUCCAUGGGGAGUUGAAAACGUGAAAACUUUGAAAGACUUGAGGAUUUAUGAUUGUCAUGGUUUAACUUCUUUACCAGAAAGUAUAGGUAACCUCACUUCACUUGAAAGACUGGUUCUUUCUGAAUGCAGAAAUUUAGAUUCUCUUCCCAAAGGAAUGGAAAUGCUUCAGUCUCUAAAUACUUUGAUUAUUAUGGAUUGCCCUUUGUUAUUGCCAAGGUGUCAACCAGACACAGGUGAUGAUUGGCCACAAAUUGCUCAUAUCAAAAACAAACUGGUGAAGGAAAAUCCUCAAGACUUCAUGGAUCACUUGUGA